AGAAGCUUUGGGGUGCUUCUCUCUGCUCAGCCCCUGAGUCCCGUGGUGGGGCCCAAGACUGUACUCUUACAAAUACAUUUGUACCCAUCAUAGUUAUAAUAUACACUCUCUCCUCGGUGUCUUCUCCCGCACUCCUCUCAGAAACCCAAAAUGAAAACCCUCGUGGUCGUGGCAGUCUUGUUUCUGGUCUCCGCUCCACUGUUUGCAGAAGAAAUUGGUGCCAACGAUGACCUAAAUUACUGGUCCGACUGGUCCGACAGUGACCAGAUCAAGGAGGAGCUGCCGGAGCCUUUUGAGCAUUUUCUGCAGAGAAUUGCUCGGAGACCCAAGCCUCAGCAGUUCUUUGGACUAAUGGGCAAACGGGAAGCUGAUUCCUCAAUUGAAAAACAAGUGGCCCUGUUAAAGGCUCUUUAUGGACAUGGCCAGAUCUCUCACAAAAGGCAUAAAACAGAUUCCUUUGUUGGACUAAUGGGCAAAAGAGCUUUAAAUUCUGUGGCUUAUGAGAGGAACGCAAUGCAGAAUUACGAAAGAAGACGUAAAUAAACUUCAUAACAUGUUAUUUAUUCAGCUUCAUUUGUGUCAGUGGGCAAUUAAGGUAAAAAUAAAACAUGCACUAUGUGGAAUAAUUAUUUAUUUAAAAACAAUUAUUGUUAUGAGCUGAACAACUCAGAAAAAGUGUUUAUUUUUCAUAUCGUGCCAAUAUGUGUUGUAAACGUGUUAUAACUCUAAUGACUCCCUCAGAAGUAGAAAACAACAAUGAUUUCUCACGAAAGCACAGUGUUCAAUGAAAUUGUAAAACCUGCGAUAUGGUCUCCAAAGGAGGAAAUAAUUGAUUUGAUGCAGCCAUGCUGCUGCAGAGUGGGAGAAAACUCCUGUGCAAAUGAGUUUUCUUGUUGGGUUUCAUGGCGAAAAUGCACUGAGACUUUGAUAUCAAGCUGUAUUUGUGUCCCUGCAGCAUGUUUCAUGUUUUGUGCCUAUAUAAAGAUGUUUUUAAAAGUUUUAAUGUGAUCCUAAAGUCUUGAUUUGUUGUAUGAUGUGUUGUACGAUGUAAUAGCUACCAUUUUAAAU